CCAGUUGCCUGCCCCCCAAACCUCGGGCGUGUUUUCUCUGGGAUCGCUCUCUCGCCGCUGCUUUCUUUCCCUCCAAGAAAUCCACUGGGUCUGAGAUCUCGUCUGGCAGAUAGAUACGCCUGUCUUCUCCCUUCUCUCUUUGUCUUCUGCGUCAGAUCGCGACUGAAAGAGAGAUUGCAGAGCGGAAAUGGUGCUGUGGGAGAUCACGCUGGCGACGGCCUACUUCCUGGGGUUGAGUCGAACUUACCGUGUUGCCCUCAAGGCACAGCGACGCCUCAUUAGCCCUCGGCACCCAAACCUUCGUCAAUUCGUCCACAGGAGGGUUCGCACUGUGUUUGAUGUGGCUGUCAAAGUUCACCAGAACAUACAAAAGCAGGACCUCGCAGCAGGGAAGAAUUUAGGGAAUUGGAUUCUACGUUAUCUGGACAAAGCUAAACCAUCUUCCCAAAUUAUUGCUCGUGCUGGGAAGCCUCAAACCACCAGCUCGUCCAUCCCCCGCCAUGCCAUGAUCCCUACUUAUCGUCUUCGAACCCAGAGGAGCAUCACGCGCAUCACCGAUCAGGUCAGGAGAGGUCAAUUGUUCUUUACUCCUUGGGGCUUCCGGAUGAGAGCGUUCCCGACUAUAGCCAUGAUGAUGCAUCCAAUGAACCCAGUAGGCUGGCAUGGCCAAUACAGGCAUGUUUCUUCCGUGCCAUCCAACCUUGGAGCAUUCGAACAUGGAGAAAUAGGAAGGUUCGAAGGUGUAUUCCGCAAGGACAUUGCACAGUGGAUGAUGCAGUAGCAACUUUCUAAUGGUUUUAACUAUCAGCUGUGAAAAUAAUGAUCUUGUAAUGGAAUGUUUCUAGCUCAAUAUCUUUCAGAAUUUUCUGUGGGUUUGCGUGAUAGGGAAGAAGGAAAAUUAAGAAGACUAUAUAAAUCAGUAUUCUCUCUGUGCCUGUGUACUUGUUGGGAAAACAGAUUAUAUACGGUAAGAAUGUCUUAAAAAUUUAUGCUUGAAAA